AUGCUGGACUCCCCGCUGAGCAGGCAGGUGGACGAGGUAGAUGGGGUAGAGAAGGUGACCUUGUACACAUUUGAGCAAAUGCAUGAACAUGUCCUUGUGUCUGUGGCCACUUGUGCCCGUGUGCUGGACAGUGACAAGCCUGACUUCCCGGGCGAGUGUGGAGACUGGUGCCUGCAGGAGGGAGAGCACUGUGCGGCGCGCCGCUGUCCGCCAGGCCACUCUCCGAAGCCCAGCACCUUUGCUGGCACCUUCGUCCCCCGCCCCAUCAACCAAGGAGGGAAUGGGCCCCUCACUCCCACCCCGACUCUGUGCAUUCUUCUUGGAGAGACCAGCACCUUUUUCUGCUGGAAGCCGGGCCCUCCUGCCAUCAGUCACCAAGGACCUGGCCUGAGUGCCAGCUCCUGGCCUCCUGACCAUGCCCCUCCUCCGCCCCGCCCACAGUAUGAAAAUGAGUCGUCCCUGAACCUGUACGAGACCUGUAAAGUGCGGGCAGUCAAGGCAGGCACCCUGGAGAAGCUGGUGGAGCACCUGGUGCCUGCCUUCCAGGGCAGCGACCUCUCCUACGUCACCAUCUUCCUGUGUACCUACCGAGCCUUCGCCACCACCCAGCAGGUCCUGGACCUGCUGUUCAAAAGAUACGGAUGCAUCCUCCCAUAUUCUGACGAGGACGGCGGACCAGAGGAGCAACUCAAAAAUGCCAUCUCCUCCAUCCUGGGCACCUGGCUGGACCAGUACUCGGAGGACUUCUGUCAGCCCCCCGAUUUCCCGUGCCUCAAGCAACUGGUGGCCUAUGUGCAGCUCAACAUGCCCGGCUCGGACCUGGAGCGCCGGGCUGAUCUCCUCCUGACCCAGCUGGAACACUCGGAGCCCACUGAGGCAGAGCCAGAGGCCCCCGCUCCCGCUCCCACACCAGCUCUACCUCCAGCUCCAAGGCUAGCGCCAGCUCCGGAGCCAGCCUCCGCACCAGCUCCAGAAACGCAGCCAGCUGCAGCUCCAGCAUCGGAGCCGGAGCCAGUUCUCGAGCUGGAGCCUGCUCCCGCCCUCCCUCCUGCACCAGCUCCAGAGGCAGCUACACCUCUGCUACCAGCUCCUGCUCCACCCCCAACUCCAGAGCUAGAACCAGCGCCAGCUCCAGCACCGGAGCCUGCCUGCUCCUCCCCCGGGAUGACGGAGAACGGGCUGAGUGAGGAGAAGCCAAACCUACUGGCCUUCCCUCCAGAGCUGGUGGCAGAGCAGUUCACACUGAUGGAUGCGGAGCUAUUCAAGAAGGUGGUGCCCUAUCACUGCCUGGGCUCCAUCUGGUCCCAGAGGGACAAGAAGGGCAAGGAGCACCUGGCACCCACCAUCCGGGCCACCGUCACCCAGUUCAACAGCGUGGCCAACUGCGUCAUCACCACCUGCCUGGGGGACCGCAACAUGAAGGCUCCAGACCGGGCCAGGGUGGUGGAGCACUGGAUCGAGGUGGCCAGGGAGUGUCGAAUCCUCAAGAACUUCUCCUCGCUCCAUGCUGUCCUUUCCGCUCUGCAGAGCAACUCCAUCCACCGGCUGAAGAAGACCUGGGAAGACGUUUCCAGGGAAAGCGUCCGAAUCUUUCAAAAGCUGUCCGAGAUCUUCUCUGACGAGAACAACUACUCCCUGAGCCGGGAGCUGCUCAUCAAGGAGGGCACCUCCAAGUUCGCUACGCUGGAGAUGAACCCCAGAAGGGCUCAGAAGCGGCAGAGGGAGUUGGGCGUCAUCCAGGGCACUGUCCCCUACCUCGGCACCUUCCUCACCGACCUGGUGAUGCUGGACACGGCGAUGAAGGAUUAUCUGUAUGGCAGGAUGAUCAACUUUGAGAAGAGGAGGAAGGAAUUCGAGGUGAUCGCCCAGAUCAAGCUGCUCCAGUCGGCCUGCAACAAUUACAGCAUCGCCCCGGAGGAGCACUUUGUGGCCUGGUUCCAGGCCAUGGAGCGGCUCAGUGAGGCCGAGAGCUACAGCCUGUCCUGUGAACUGGAAGCCCCCUCGGAGUCAGCCAGCAACACCCUCAAGGCCAAGAAGAGCACAGCCAUUGUCAAGCGUUGGAGCGACCGCCAAGCCCCGAGCACGGAGCUCAGCGCCAGCAGCAGCUGCCACUCCAAGUCCUGUGACCAGCUCAAGUGCGGGCCCUACCUCAGCAGUGGGGACGCAGCGGACGUGCUUAGCGUGCACUCUGCCGGCUCCUCCAGCUCCGACGUGGAGGAGAUCAACAUGAGCUUUGUCCCGGAGUCCCCUGACUGCCAGGAGAAGAAGUUCUGGGAGUCGGCCUCCCAGUCGUCCCCGGAGACGUCCGGCAUCAGCUCCGCCUCCAGCAGCACCUCGUCCUCCUCGGCCUCCACCACGCCCGUGGCCUCCACACGCACCCACAAGCGCUCUGUGUCGGGGGCCUGCAGCUACAGCUCCUCACUGCCCCUCUACAACCAGCAGGUGGGCGACUGCUGCAUCAUCCGCGUCAGCCUCGACGUGGACAACGGCAACAUGUACAAGAGCAUCGUGGUGACCAGCCAGGACAAGGCCCCCACCGUGAUCCGCAAGGCCAUGGACAAACACAACCUGGACGAGGACGAGCCAGAUGACUAUGAGCUGGUGCAGGUCAUCUCGGAGGAUCGCAAGCUGAAGAUCCCGGACAACGCCAAUGUGUUUUACGCCAUGAACUCGACCGCCAACUAUGACUUUGUCCUGAAGAAGCGGACUUUCAGCAAGGGGGCAAAGGUCAAGCACGGGGCCAGCUCAACCCUUCCACGCAUGAAACAGAAAGGACUCAAGAUGGCCAAGGGCAUCUUUUAACGGGCCUCUGGCACCGGCCAGCCUCAGGGCCACCCUCUCCAGGGCCUGGCUGGCCAGGUAGGGAGGCACGUACAGACUAGAGGGGCGCAGGCCAGGCAGGCAUCUCCCUCCCAGCCUGCCAGCCAAAGCCACCCCCGGACUCCAGCUUCACCGCCGAACCUCUCCUGCCACCGGGCAUGACGCCUGCCAGUCGCCAGGCUGAUCCGGAACCCCGUGGACCACUCCCUGCCUUAGGUGCCUUCUGCUCCCUGGGAACCAGACGACUAGCCGGCCUUCGCCAUGGAGCGCUGCCAAUGGGCGUGGUGCUCUGGCCCGCCACUGGGCACUGCCCUCUGUACAUGUCCCUCACGGAGGAGGGUCACUGCCACCUGUGCCCACGGGCACCCCGGAGCACCCACUCACCCACCGCGUCCGACCACUGCAGUUCUCUCCAGGUGCCCCAGAGCACUGCCUGUGACCUUCCCAGGGGGGCUGGCCCCGCCCACCGCCGCCCUCGCCUUUGCCAGGCUGCACCAAAGAGUCCACGUCAGGGCCGUUGCGAGUGAGUCCCCAGGAUGCACUGCUUCCAGGCCCCAGGCCACACAGCGCGGGGGGAGAAGGGGAGAGGGCGGCCUUGGGGGAGAGGUAGGA